CACAAAUGUCAACGAUUACCGCCAAUUUGUUGUUCGUCGCCAAAGCCGCUAAAAGCCGACCUAGAGAAAGGGCCUAUUUUCUUGCAAGAAAAGAAAAACCAGUGGAAAUUUUGUUAUAUAUCGUUCGUUAACCGUUGUUCCAAGCUAACAAAUCACCAUGCCAGACUACAAUUUGUCUGAAGGAUCUUUACAGAUCAUAAUGAAAGGUGGGAACUACCCUACGCCCAUAAUGCAGGUGCUAGGCAGUAAGAAAAUCAACUCUGGAAGUGCGGACAAGGAACGCUUUCGUAUUUUAUUGUCUGAUGGUAAACACACCAUAUCUUUUGCUAUGCUAACUACUCAGGUCAGUGGAGGUGAACUGGAGACCUACUCAGUCAUUAGGAUUGAUAAGUACAUCACCAGCCUCAUCAACAACAGUGGGAAAGGAGACACUCGUGUAUUGCUUAUUUUGGAUAUGGUAGUCCUAAAUCCUGGCAGUGAAGUUGGGAACAAAAUAGGCAAUCCUACACAAUUGCCUGAUGCAUCAAAAGAAGAACCUGCUGCCAAAACAAAUGGCACUCCAAAUACUAGCAGCAUACCCAGGCCUGUUGGAUCCAGUAGCAUGUGUGGUGAAAGCGGAGCUGAUCUAUCUACCCAGAUGACCCAUCCUAUUGCAAGUUUGAGCCCAUACCAUAACAAAUGGAUCAUCAAAGCUAGAGUUACCAAUAAAUCUGCCAUCAGAACAUGGUCGAACGCCAAAGGUGAAGGAAAACUGUUUAGCGUCGAUUUGGUCGAUGAAAGUGGAGAAAUUAGGCUCACAGCUUUCAGAGAUAUGGUGGACAAGUACUAUGAUUAUUUACAGGUGGACAAGAUCUACUACAUCACAAAAUGCACACUAAAAACAGCAAACAAACAGUACAGCACAUUGAAAAAUGAUUAUGAGAUGACCAUGACCAGUGAAACCGUAGUGCAGGAAUGUAAUGAUAAAGAUGACUCUAACAUUCCACAGACCAAGUAUGACUUUGUUACCAUUGAUAGAAUUGCCUCAGCUGAAGUGAAUUCUCUAAUUGAUAUUGUUGGUGUUGUCAAAGAUGUUGGUGACAUACAAAAUUUACAGUCGAGAACAACUGGUAGAGAGCUGAAGAAGAGAGAUGUAACUUUGAUUGAUCAGUCGAAUACUGCGGUUUCUUUGACUCUAUGGGGAGCUGAAGCAGAGAACUUCGAUGGUACUAACAAUCCAGUGGUUGUUUUAAAGGGAGCACGUAUCAGCGAAUAUGGCGGCGGGAAAAAUUUGGGUACUAUUGCCAGUACAAACAUCAAGAUAAAUCCAGAGCUUCCAGAAUGUUAUCGUCUUCGCAGCUGGUAUGACAAUGGCGGUUGUUCUGUAGAAGCCACUAACAUCAGUGCGCGUUCUGGCAUGGGAAGUCUGAACACCCCAUGGAUCAGCUUUAAAGAGGUGCAUGAUAGGAAUUUCGGAAAUGCCGAAAAAGGUGAUUACUAUCAGGUUAUGGGAACAAUUCUGAUGUUUAGGCACGAAAACGCGUGGUACAAAGCUUGUCCAACCGAAACGUGUAAUAAAAAAGUUGUCGACCUGGAAAACGGAAUGUACAGAUGUGAAAAAUGCAACAGAGAAUUCCCGAACUUCAAGUACCGCCUCUUGGCAAGCAUGAACGUUGGCGACUGGAGUGGAAACCAGUGGAUCAGCAUGUUUAGCUCGGAGGUUGAGAAAGUAUUUGGUAUGACUGCUGAGGAGGUCGGUCAACAGAUUGAACAGAACCCUGAAGCUAUUAGCAUCAUUGCUGAUAAAACACAUUUCAAACAGUUCAUAAUGAAGUGCAGGGCCAAGGUUGAGACGUACAAUGAUGAGGCUCGCUUGAAAACAGUCUGUAUCAAAGUAGACCCUAUCAACUAUAAGGAGUACAAUGCACAUCUUAUGGAAAGGAUUGAUCAAUUGCUGAGUUGAAAAGUUUACUUUUUUAUAUUUAUAUAUUACCUUAGCAUUUAGUAUUUCUGGAUAUUUUUGUUAAAAAGUACAAGUGUUAAUUUUUACGUUCUAUAUUAACAUUAUACACAUUUUGAAAAUACAUCAUAUAAAAUAUAAA